AGAAAAAACAUGAAGGUAGAAAGAAAAAGCAAGUGGGACCAAUAGGCUUACAUGGCCCAGGCCCAGAUCCCAUCCAGAUCCAAUUGUGCCUGAGUAAACCUGAAAUAGAUCCGGUCGAACCGGACGAUCAGUAAACUGAGGUCUCCUCUCCGAAUGAAAUAGCCCAAACAAAACCAUUCUCAAGCUCUCUGCAUUUAUCAAGUCAAACGACAACAAAUAAACAGAAAAAGCCGCGCGCCCGCAGAGAGAGAAAUUGAGAGAGAGAUAGAGAGAGAAGAAAAGAGACCACCAAAGAAACAACAAACUCGGCAAUGGACGCUGGAGCGGCGGGCGUGGGUCUCGCCGCAGCCGCCGCGGACGAUCCGUUCAAGGGAUCGCCGUUCGCCGCCGUCUCCGAUUGGAGCUACGGUAUCUCGCGCCGUUAUCAGCAUGUGCUCGACCGUACCACGCCGCACGUGCUGUACCGGUGGCUGGCGUGCCUGGGCGUGGCCUUGGUCUACGUCAUCCGCGUGUACCUGGUCCAAGGCUUCUACGUCGUGUCGUAUGGCUUGGGGAUCUACAUUCUCAACCUUCUCAUCGGCUUUCUCUCUCCUCAGGUCGACCCUGAGAUCCACGACCUCGCCUCCGACGGCCCCUCCCUUCCCACCCGCGGAUCCGAUGAGUUUCGACCCUUCGUUCGCCGCCUCCCCGAAUUCAAGUUCUGGUACUCUAUCGCGAAGGCAUUUUGCAUUGCUUUUGUUAUGACGUUCUUCAGUGCAUUUGAUGUACCUGUGUUCUGGCCUAUACUUCUCUUCUACUGGGUGGUGCUCUUCGUUCUCACUAUGAGGAGACAGAUAGUACACAUGAUCAAAUACAAAUACGUUCCCUUCUCCUUUGGGAAACAGCGGUACGAUGGGAGGAAAGCUUCUUCAUCUUCAACAGAGACCGCAGGCCUCCUCCCCAGGGACUGAAAUCUUCAGCCAAGGGUUUUUUUGGAAGAUAUAUAUGGUGUGGAGGAAUCAUCUUGAGGAGCUAAUUCUGGCAUCUUGGAUGAUUUUUUUGGUUCCCCUCGAAUAUCCCUCUGGACCAGCUUGAUUAUGUCCCUCUGUAAUAUUUUGCUUUGGGAAGAUGAAGUGGUUGCUGAAGGCCUUUUUCCAUUUUGAGUUCUAGUAUAAAGGAUCCAUUUGUAUAGAAGGAACAUGCUCUACUUUCCAUUGCCAAAUAAUUAAUCCAGUGGCAUGUACUUUCAUGAGCUUUUGCAGUGGGAAAUUCUAGCCUUCCUCUGCAAUUGGGUUAUGUCAUUUUUAGUUGUACUUUUCAUCGUGUACUUUAAUCUGGGCUCAAUGCAGUUAAUUUCCUCGGCUUAACACUGAAAAUUGUUGUUUAUUUGGAUUAUGCUUCUUUCA